UUGUUUCAAAUCAUUUUUGUUCAGAGAGGCAUCUUUAUAUCCCUACCAAGAACGUGCUUUCAUCCAGGAGCAAGUACUCUGGUUCCAAUUCAAGCAAAUGCACAACUAAGUGGAUGGCAACUAAUUCGACGUUUACUGCAGUUUGUGUGGCCAAAAGGGAAUUCGGCAAUAAAGAAGAGGGUUCUUGUAGCUCUUUUCCUCUUAGUCAGCGCCAAGCUAGUUAAUGUCUCAGUACCAUUUUUAUACCGUGAUAUCGUAAACUGCUACAACGACAAAGCACCCACUUUUCUACAGCUUACAUUAGACACAGUUCCUAACGGUAUUCUAACAGUCGGACUAUGUUUGAUAUUCGCAUAUGGGAUUUCUCGUGCUUCGGCUGCUUUGAUGAACGAGCUACGAAAUGCAGUUUUUGCUAAAGUAGCACAUCAUUCGGUGAGACAAAUAGCGCGGGGCAUAUUCCUCCAUUUGCAUUCACUCGAUCUCUCUUUUCAUCUGAAUCGUCAAACUGGAGCAUUGUCGAAGGCAAUUGCUCUUAAGUUUGACUUUUCUUUUUUUUCAAUCCAUUUUGUUUUCGAUCGCGGCACCAGAGGGAUGAGUUUCGUUCUGUCUUCACUUGUGUUCAACAUCAUCCCGACAGCCGUAGAGAUUGGUAUGGUAUCAGCGAUUUUUUAUAGCUCAUUGGGAAUAGAGUUUGCGUAUAUGACUAUGGGUAGCGUUGGAAUGUAUGCUAUCGCCACAUUAGCAAUCACACGUAUGUAUUUCUGUUUUAAAUGGCGAACGAAGUUCCGUCAUGAAAUGAACCAAGCAGACAACGAUGCGGGCAACAAAGCAGUCGAUUCGCUUAUCAACUACGAAACAGUGAAGUUCUUUAACAACGAGAAAUUCGAAGCCGAUCGUUACGACCGUUUUUUGAAGAAGUUUGAGAACGCAUCGCUCAAAACGACGUCAUCUUUGGCCCUUUUGAAUUUCACUCAGAACGCCAUUUUCUCUGCUGGUCUUAUUGGCGUUAUGUACUUGGCGGCUAAGAAGAUUGCAGUGGGUGAAGCUACUGUUGGUGAUUUAGUACUAGCCAAUACGCUGUUAUUCCAGUUGUCCAUGCCACUAAAUUUUCUUGGAUCCGUCUAUAGAGAAGUACGCCAAGGUUUGGUUGAUAUGAACACAAUGUUUUCUCUUCUCACGCUGAAGUCGAAAAUUCUUGAAAGACCAGAUGCCAAGCAUCUGGUUGUCCAAGGAAAUGACAUUUCUGUGAAGGUGAAAGAUGUUUAUUUUGGAUAUUUGCGGGAGAAGCCAAUUCUCAACGGCCUAUCACUGGAAAUACCUGCAGGCAAGAAAGUCGCUAUAGUUGGAGGCUCUGGCUCAGGGAAGUCUACACUUGUGCGUCUGCUAUAUCGCUUAUAUGAUGCUGACAACGGUGACAUUUUCAUAAAUGGAACGGAUAUUCACGACCUUACGCUUGACUCUCUGAGAAAAGCAAUUUCGGAUUCUGUUCUCUUCCACGAUACCAUUUUUUACAACCUCGCUUAUGGCAAUCCUACAGCAUCUCGUGAACAAGUGAUGGAAGCCUCCAAACUCGCCGACCUUCACCAUUCCGUCGAGAGAAUGCGGGAUGGAUACGACACCCUAGUCGGUGAGCGAGGUUUGAAGUUGUCUGGAGGAGAAAAGCAGCGGGUCGCUAUUGCGAGAGCUAUUCUUAAAAACGCUCCUCUUAUCGUUUACGAUGAGGCGACGUCGUCGUUAGAUGCUAUUACUGAGGUAAACAUCAUGCGAUCGUUGAAGGAAGCGGUUCAACAAAGGACUUCCUUGUUUAUCGCUCAUCGGUUAGCUACAAUAGUGGACGCGGACAUCAUUUAUGUUCUGGAUCAAGGGCGCGUGAAAGAGUUCGGAUCUCAUGAGCAGUUGAUUCGUCGUGGCGAACUUUAUGCCAAACUUUGGAACAGUCAAAAUCGUUGGGGAACGCUACCGAAAGAGUUAAAGAAAAAUGACCAAAUGGAGACACUGGAGUUGGAACUUAGUAAAUGUUGCGGAAAUUCAAGCUGUAAUCGUUAG